UACAGGACAUCUACAAGAACCGGACCUCAGUCAUCCAGUACACAAGCUCUUCUCCAGAGUGCCAUCUGGCAAAUGCUGUAGGAGUGUCCAGUCACAGAGAAGCAGGCUAAAGAACACUUUUACCUGCAGGCUGUUAGGUUCCUAAAUAGCCUUGUAGGCCUGUUCACUUCCCUUCCCAGUGGCACUGAGGCACUUUACAUACACAGCUCUUUCCACUGCUUGGUCACUUCACACACACUUUAGCACAGUGUAAAAUACCUGCUUAGUCUUGUGCUCAGUUUGUGCCUACACACUGUAUGAUGAUUUCAACAUGAAUAAUGACGUGGGGGAAAAUAGUGAUGGAAUCUCGCUGACAUGGAGACCACGCCGCUGCUCAGGCCACGCCCCCAGGCGCGAGUGCGUCUCCGGUGUCCAUGGAAACCGUCGCGAGCGUUCCCAGGCCGCUCGGUGCACACGGCCUUAGCGAAAGACGCUUGCCGUCCAGUGCCGAUGACUCCCGAAGACUGGGAGUAAAAACUCAAGCAUAAUGGAGGCCGAAGUGCGAGAGCAACAUGAAUGACAAGUACCACAGGGCAGCGCGAGAUGGCUACCUGGACCUGCUGAAAGAGGCCACGCGGAAGGACCUGAACGCGCCGGAUGAAGAUGGCAUGACACCGACGCUCUGGGCCGCGUACCACGGCAACCUGGACGCGCUCAGGCUCAUCGUGGCCAGAGGAGGGAAUCCUGAUAAGUGUGAUAUAUGGGGGAACACGCCGCUCCACCUGGCCGCUUCCAAUGGCCAUCUCAACUGCCUGUCCUUCUUGGUGUCCUUUGGUGCAAACACAUGGUGUUUAGACAAUGACUACCACACGCCUCUGGACAUGGCUGCCACCAAGAACCACAUGGACUGUGUACGCUACCUGGACUCCAUUGCUGCCAAGCAGACAGCUCUCAACCCCAAGCUGGUGGCCAAGUUGAAAGACAGAGCCUUCCGUGAUGCCGAACGUCGCAUCAAAGACUGUGUCAAGAUGCAGCGCAAGCACCACCGCCGCAUGGAGCGCAAGUUCCAGAAGGAAGCCACAGAUGCUUCGCUUUCUGAUGCCAUGAGCUUCUCCAGCUACACCAGCAGCACUUUUAGCCGCAAGCUGCACCCCUUCAACACUGCCACCAGUGUGCCAUACUCACAGGCUACCCUCCAUGCCACAGCCAGAGGCAAAACCAAGAUCCAGAAGAAGUUGGAAAAGAAGAAGCAGGGUGAUGGGACCUUCAAGAUCUAUGAGGAUGGAAGGAAGAGUGUGCGCUCUCUUUCUGGUCUACAGCUGGGUAAUGAUGUCAUGUUCCUAAAGCAGGGUACCUACGUAAACCCAAAAGACCGUGGUCGGCGAAAUGUCCGUGAUAUGUUCCCACGGGACAAUGAGGAUGCCAUCUCGCGUGCCAUCAGCGAGCCGGACCUGCAUGGGGCAGACAUGGACCACUCAGAGAUCAGCACUGACUCGGGCCAUGACUCGCUUUUCAACCGGCCAGGCCUGGGUACCAUGGUCUUCCGGCGGAACUAUGUGAGCGGGGGACUCUUUGACAUAGGCUCUCGUGAUGAGGGCAGCAUGGCCGGCAGUGCAAGGGCACCAAAUGUCCGUCUGCGCAGCCGUCUUCAGCGAUCUCCCAGCGUAGAUGAGGAUAGUAUCGGCAGUGCUCGAAGCCUCCAGGCAAGGAACAUGGAGGAGCUUCCCUGGGAUGAGGUGGAAUUAGGACUGGAUGAUGACGAUGAGCCAGAGAGUAGUCCACUUGAGGUAUUCCUGGCUGCACAGUACAUGAACGAGUUCAUCCCUAUUUUUAAGCGAGAGAAGAUUGACCUGGAUGCACUGCUGCUGUGCUCUGACAGUGACCUCAAAAGCAUCCACAUUCCCUUGGGACCUCGUAAAAAGAUCAUUGAUGCGUGCAAGAGACGCUUGGACACCAUUGAGGAUCCCGACAGCAUAGAAGACACAGAGUUAUAGCACAAAGGACUUGUUACUCUGUGAUUUUGGCCAUACCGAUGGUACGUCGCAAUUCACGUGCAACAGGACAGACAGACGCUCACGCUGAACGGAAGUGUAACCCUUGUGUGGAUUUCAAACAAACAAUGGUGCAUGUCUCAUUACCAUAGGAAUAAAUUUUGAAUAUGACAAUAAUACCUCCUUGACUGGCACACACAAUGAAGCAUGCAGGCCAGCAGUAACAGCUGAAUCAAGCUGAGGUUCCAUGAUUGCCAUACAUAACAGUAAAAAUCCUGCUGAAAUCCCUGAUGAAGUCAGACCCAAUCAGCAUCAUUCUCAUUAUGUCUGCCCCUGUGGGGCAUGAGUCUUAGUGCCUGUGCUUCCAGUGCAUGCACAUAUCUCUGUUAAUUGUAAUUUCAUGCAUGAUGUAUUGUAUUAUAAGAUAUUUUUAUGACAAACUCAGAAGAUUAUGCUGAAUAUGAGGCAUGCAUAGGCAGAUUUGAAAAGCUUGGGUUUCAAAUCCAGGAACUUUUUACACACUGCCUGUCAAACACAGAUUAUAGGUCGCCAAUAUACAUGGCAACAAAUGUGGGAACCCUGUCUAUACAGGUCAGUGAAUGCCUGAACUUUUUGACCUCCAUUAGUUUGUUUACAUUUGUCAAGCCAUACUUAUGUUAAAGAUUUGGGGCAUAGGUAUUUUUGGUGGUACAUAAAUGGUACUUCUUGCUGAUUUCUGUUUUUCUCUUUGUUUUUUGUUUUUUUUUUCACUCAUGCCAUAUUGCUACAGAGAAAUUUUCUUUCAACAUGCUAUUAAUCUCACAUAAACCUAUGUAUAUUUGGUAUACAAUACAUGUAUAGAUUUCAGUACAUUCCAACCCAAAUAGUAUGUGCUAUUUCUUGUACAUAACUUUUGUUCAUGUGUUUUAUAUAAUUUCAUAAAAUGUAGCAAUAAAAGAGGCAAACUAGCACUGAAAAUCCAUGAAAUUUUGUAUUAUUUUUAUGGGCAUACUUGAAGACAAUAAACUUGUAAUAUGGCUGUUUCAGUGAACAGUUUUGUAAGAGUAGCUCAUGUAGAGUUUUUAUAUGUCAGAAAAUAACAAAACCAUAAUGGAAUAAACACUCUAUACAUUUAAAACUAUUAAAAAAAACUAUAUAUAGAUUAUAUCCUCUAUAUACGGUAUAUUCUAAUGUACAGAUCUGUAUGUACGAAACUGUUGUAUUGGCUAGGAGUGUCAAUAAAUGUGUGGAGAAACAUAACAGAUGCAGGUGCUUCCAGAAGUUUACUGCAUGAUAUUAAACGAUUAACCAUUAACAUUAACCAUUAACCAUUAAAUGAUUAACAUCCUAACAUGCUCUGUGACUUGUACAAAAAUUCUAAUCAGACCCAGUAGACCUUGAUUUUGGACCAAGAUGGCAAGAGAAAAAGAUCUGCGUGACUUUGAAAGAGGGUUUAUUAUUUUCACACCCAUAUGUGGUUCUUCUCCAAACUCCCAAGCUGUUGCCUCAAAGUUGGAAUCACACAGAUAUCUUUGU